AUGUCGACAGUUCAGGACAAUGAUAUGGUCUUCGAUUGGAAAGCAGUGGGCAAAGCCCCUGCUAGGUCGUGCUUUUGUCAACCGCAAAACAGCCUUUACAGGGAAACCAGUAUUGUGAAGCUGGUUUCCGGACGUGAACUAUUUGGACCAGUUAAAAAACUGUCAAACAUUCGGUACCGUGUCGUUCUUAAUACUAUGCUACUUCCCAAAGUUAAGGAUUGGCGAGGAAAUCUUGACUCUUACAUGAAACAGUUAUGGUUUCCUGCUUAUGGGGCUUUCAACCGAUUCAUCCUACGUAUUGUGCUUAAAUGUUCCAGGUUACUUGAAAUUGGUUUGUUUGAUGUCAAUUUGAUCUUCUUUUUUAUUUCAAAAUUAUUUUUAGAUUUCUGUAGCUCAGAAAGGAUCCUGGUUGUUGCUGUUCUCACCCCGACGUCAAUCAUCCCAUCUGCGAAGGUAGGUAUUGGCAACCUGGCAAAUUCUGCAACUUUGAGGGCGUUUGGCUUGGCCGGGAAUUCACUUUUCCAGCGAUAUACGAUAAGUGUAAGGGAAAGACGCCCUCUUGAUAACUUCUACGCGUCGUUUUCGAAGGAUUCGUCUGUGAUUUCUGUCCUGGUUUCACCGAAACUGCCGUGCACAGAAAAGAUAGAGCCGUUCUUUUUUGACGCGAACAUCUAUCUUUUGAAUCUUAAGCACGGAUUGUCGCUUAAUCUCAGUGCAACUAUAAGAGCGUCUUGCCGUUGGCAGAAACAUAAACUGGACAGAGUAUGUCUGCGAUCUACCGAUUACGGUGCGGUUUUGAAUAGUGGCUUAUCAAUUACAACUUUUAUAUUUUUGGAUUCUCUUCCACCGGCUCUAAAUGUCUUUAGGGCAAAGGUAUUUCGUUUAAAGCGGGGUAGAGGCCAGGGUUACGAAAGAAGUCUGGAAAAUAUGGAAAGUUCGGUGGUGAUGUGUGGCGUUCGAAAGAUGAAGUCUUUUAUCUAUCCUGUUUCUGAAGAAGAAGAUUAUUCUCUUGAGCUUCUUCAGUCAGAAAGGAUUGACAGUUAUACAAAGAAAGGUGUUUACUUCGUAAUGUCUACUACAGAAAUAGCGUCUUUUAUUAAAUCUGGUACAAAUAAAUUACUUCGUUAUUUUUCAUUCAAUGUUGAUACUAUAACUUGCGUUGAUUAUGAGUUGGAUAUUAUUGAAUGCACUAGCGACUACUGGAUUUAUUCAAUGAUUACUACUUUGAUUGAAGUAAAAACGGAUGGGCGGCCGUUGUUAUAUGUUGGUGUAUUUUCCAUGAAUAUAAAUGCUCUCACAACUAGUGAUGUGUCUGUAUGGAGGAAACUGCGUGCAGUAGAUGUUUCUGAAGCAAAGGGAACAAUUUUCCCAUGUAGGAGGGACAGAUGGUAUCCCUUUAAUGACAAACGCGUUAAGAGUGUUGAAGAAAGACUUGUUUCCGACGAAUGCCUUACUAAAGGUCGGGUUUGA